AUGGACACGACAAUAGAAGAGCCAGAGCCCCAACAGCCAUCGACUUCAGCGUAUCAAGCGCCACCGCGAGAAACGGAGCUGCUCACGGGCGGCGAAUUUGAGCUUUACGUCCUCAUCGAGCGCUUUCUCACGCAUGGGCCGUUCGCGCGUGUGGGCGCUUUUCUGCGCAAAGAAUUGAACAGUAAUGCCGUGACGCCGAAGCGCUAUGAUUUCCAAGGUGGGCAACACGAGAGGAGCUAUCGAGAAUAUGUAAACGAGCUGCAGUCCCGGAUCAACAUUCCUGACCUCUUCUCGCUUGUUGACCGGUUAGCUGAACUCAACAAUGAAGCCAUCCCUCCUUCCGUCGCCGGACUGCCGCCUGGCCUUUUGGCGCCGCCUCGAAAUGCCAUCGAUCACUCGAUCCACGAGCAUUUCCCUUCACUCGCCAUAUUGGGAUCUGGCAUGAUCAUCAACUCGGACCCAAAUACAUCGUUUCGAAGGAUUCUGGCGGCGCGCGAGAUGGGUGGCCGCGCACUCCCUCGUCAAAUUUGUGGUCAAAAUCGGGUGGUUGGCGUCGAGCGGCAUUAUCGUGUGACCGGCCACAUUGCCCCGAUUUACUGUGUCCUCAUCGAUCGGACGGCGAACUAUAUUCUGACGGGCGCUGAUGACAUGCUGGUGAAAGUUUGGGACCUUCGCCAAGGCACGCUUCGAUUCACGCUCCGCGGCCAUUCUGGCCAAAUCUCCGAUAUGAGCAUCUCGACAUGCAACACGCUGCUGAUCACGGCCAGUGUCGACAAGACGAUUAGAGCCUGGAGCCUCGAGACGGGAGCUUGCCUGAAGAUCUGGAAGCCGCACACCGCUCAGAUUUCGUCGAUCAAGUGGCUCCCGUUUGGCGAAAGUCCGAUCAAAUGGUUCAUAACGACCAGCUGGGACUGCUCGAUCAACUUCUACCGAUAUGAUAGCGACAAGAAGGAGUUUUACGAUGGUUUCGAAUCCUUUUGCGAACGUGACAACCCGGGGCUUCGGCUCUGCACAUCGACGCACUCUCCAGGCGGUCGAUUCGUGGCCGUUGGUGACUCUCAUUCCCGUGUUCGGCUCUUCUCCGUCGAUGAACACGGGCCGAAGAAGCUCGACGAACUAGAGGGGCAUACGGAUCGUGUCGACAGCCUCGUGUGGGCUCAUUCGGGGAUGCGCAUUGCUUCCGGCUCGCCAGAUGGAACGGCCCGGGUGUGGAUGGUCAAGGACGGCAAGUGGAGGCACAUCACGCUGAAGCUGGACAAAAGCGAGCAAGCGAAUGCGCCGAUCACGCUGCCGGUCGAAGCGCCCGCAAGGAACAAGAGCAAAUACAAGAUUACGAUGCUCUGCUGGUCGUACGACGAUCGCUGGAUUGUCACCGCUGGCAAUGACUGCGUCUUCCGCGUAUGGGACCCCACCACGGCGAAAUUGAUCCACAAGAUGGCCGGCCAAGGGGUCAGCUACGUGCUGGUGCCCCAUCCGCUUCACCACAAUCUCCUCUUCACAGCCGGUCACGAUGGCACGUUAAUGCUGUGGGACCUGACCACCGGAAAGCUGCGCAAUCGCUGGGAGAACGCGAUUGAGAAUGGCGUCAGCCCACCACUUUUUGAUUUGGCGUUGUCGGAUGAUGGCACUCACCUGGCCGUUGUUGAUGGUGAGGGUCAAUUGAGUCUCUACGGAAUGGGACAGAACCGCACGCUCUUCAAGCGACCCCGAAUGCAAUUCUUCACCAGUGACUACGCCGUAUUGGCUGCGGACGACGAUGGAAACGUUGUGGAUGAUGACACGGGGCUUCCACCGCAUCUCCUACCCCCACCUCAGCUCUCAGACGGGUCGGACAACAUCUACGAGGAGCGCAUUCAGCGUCUCAUCGUCCCCGGCAGGAACGAUCCGAGUGUGCGCGAUGAAGACCUAAAAUGCUACUGGGCGACGAACAAAGUGAUCCCGCCGCUCCGCGAGGAGCUGAUGAACCGAGACUCAAUGCGCAUCCAAGAGAUGGGCGAUGAAGAAAUGGACAUAUACCAGCUCGAAAUUUCCAAGGAGUGUGAAGAAGAAGAGAGCGAAGCGCCUCCCCCGACUGCCCCAACUACACGAUCACAAGAGCCCGGCGCCGGGAGGCGUAAUUUUGCCGAUCGGCUUGCUGAAAGCUUCCGUUUCCAUGAAGCAAGACUGCGUGAAGCGCAAGCAGCUCGCCGUGCGCGACACCGACGACGUCACGGCGAAGAAGUGGACGCCACCGAUGAGGACACUCGCGAUGUCCCAAUUAGGUCUGAUAAUGAAGGUGGGGAGCGGUCAGACGACGAUGAAAGGAGCGCCUCCGAAGAGGAAGAAGACGAUGAUGGUGAUUCCGGGUCCAGCACAAGCGACACUGACUUCUCGAUGGGCGAACGGAGUGCAAGAAGACAACGCCUCGUUGACGCGGAGACUAACGACGACCCGAACGAGCCGGGACCCAGCAGCCCAGUGCGCGGCCAAACGCGACGCCAAGAGGACAUGCUUCGCCGUCAGAACGAGGAGCGUCGCCGACGACAAGACGAAGAGCGGACACGCCGCGUCCAGGCUGCCGCCAGGCCCGCGCGAGAGCGGACGACGAGGCGAGCCCGUACCAAUGAUCGCAGCCAGCCCUCGAAUUCUGGCAACAACACGACCCCCCUCCGCGACUGGGCGGCCAACUUCCCGGAAUGGUCGCGCAAGACGGUGCCCCGACGUUUCCCCUACAUUGCACAGCCCGGGGACAAUGUCGUCUACUUCCGACAAGGACACAGCGCCUAUCUCAAUGGCGUGCAACAAAGCCGCACCUACGACGUCACACCGAGAAUGUAUCCAAGGAACGAUCUGGAGCCCGAAGAAUUUUGCCGAGUCACGGACGUGCGCUACACAUCAACACCAUAUCGCUUGAUCGUCGUGGAGCUGACGCGUUGCAACCGGGACACGUAUGCGCUGACCGACUUCUCGUGGACCAUCAAAUACCACGAUUUGCACCACGUCGCCGACUUCAUCGUCCUACGCCACAUCUACGACGCGAGCAUCCAGCACCGCUAUGAUUCUGGCGACCUGAUCGAGGCCGAGCUCGAGGGAAAAUGGUACGUCGGGGAAGUGUCGGUGCGCGAGCCGAUGCAACCCGAGUUCCCCAGAUCGUCGUGGAAUUGCCUGAAAGUGAAAUGGACCUCCGGUGAAGACGAUCAGCUAUCGCCGUGGGAUGUGCAACCGUUGAGCGAGAAUCGAAGAUCCGAAACGGCCCUCAGCGAAGACGAGUUCGCCGCUCUGGCCGUGUGCCCGCUUCGCCCAGGAGAUUGGCCCUCGAGGGGACGCAUUGCCGAGCCGAUGUCCUCUCGCCAAGCGUCUGCCGUCCAGCGCCAACUCGGGCACGAGCGCGAUCUGACCGUCCGAAAGAUUCGCGAGGGCAUCGCCUACCUCGAGGCCGAGCCCGAUUGGCGCAUUUUCUACGAUCCGGUGCCCAUCGAUGAACAUCCGGAUUAUCCGCGAAUCGUCGAUUAUCCCUCGGAUUUGAAGACGAUCGCUAUGCGCCUGGAGAACAACUACUAUCGCCGUCUGGAAGCGAUGCAUCUCGACGCGUGCUACAUCUACAUCAGCGCCGACAAGUUCAACGACCCCGGCUCGACGCUCGUCUACAGCUCCCUGAUUCUCGCGAUGGCGCUGAUCAAGUUCAGCAGCGACCCGCACGGCGCCGAGCUGCCUGACGUCAUCGAAGCGACCAGAAAUAUGGAAAAAACGGAGCUAAUCGCACAAUUCCAAGCGCACAUGCCCAAGAGGAAGCCGGCGAAUCGAGCAGCGGCCAAUGCGGAUGCGGCACGCGCUCAGCCAUCGACCAGCACUGCCUUGGCACAGCCUUCCGGAUGGGUGUUGGAAACGCAGCGCGUGCUUGCCGACCUGAUGCGUGAGAAUGUGGCAAAUCAUUUCGUGGAUCGGAACAACCCUACCCAGGCUAUGCGUGACAUUUGGCCGUACUGCGCCCAGGAAACGAUGUGUUUGAAGCAGAUUCUGGAAUGGACGAAGACGGCGUCUUCUCCACAUGAGGUCGUCGACCGCGUCACAACGCUUGUUGACACCGUCAACUCGGUGGUCGACGAGCCCCGUGAACAGUCAUAUCGCGACGGGCUCGGACUCAAGCAAAAGCUGGCCCAGCGCAUGCGGCGCAUCAUCGAACGAUUUGAGGAGUCUGUCAACUCGGUGGCAAAAAGUCUUCGCGUGGCGACAGGCCGCGUGCACGAGCUACGACAACGCCAUCGACCCUCGACCUCCACGACAAACCACCGAUACGGCACACGACAGCAUGACGCGGACAGAGACCAAAACCGGCGCUCCACUUCUUCGUUCAACACGUCGGCGACGCGACGCGGCUCGCGUGACCAGGGCGUCUACAUCGCCCCCGGCCCGUCGGCCGACCUCAACGAGGACGAAGUGUUGCCGCCAAGGACCAGACGCCGUCGCGUAAUCGAGUCACCGGAGUCGGAAGCACACGACGCUCUGUCCUCUCUCGGCUCGGCGCGCUCCAGUUCAGUGUUCUCUGGCCACGAGCCGACGACGUCACGUAGCCAGCGGGGCCGGCGUAACCCGCGUGAGCGUCAACUUCGCGAAUUGAUGAACGAGCAGCAGGACCUAAUGGAUGACUUGGAGGCGCAGAUGAGCGAUGUCACCGAUUCUGAAGAUGGCCAUGGUGGACGUGGACGCCGUCGCCGAAGUUCGCGCACCGCCAAGCCACCUUCCGAAGAGAUGGUGCAGACGAGCGGCCGGCCAAGUCGUCGCUUCCCAGCCAGGGCCAGCGGCAGUCAGCAAAGUCGUGCAGAAAAGCGCGGUGUACACGACGACUCCGAGGAAGACACCGCGGUGGCGCCGCCAGCCCAGAACGGCCGCGUCGUGACGCGGAAGAAGAAACGACAGCGCGGCUUCUACGAAGAGGACAGUGAUGACGACGCGGAGGCCAACGCGCAACCGGAGCCGUCCAUCUCGUCACGCGGCCGUACCCGGAAGCUCCGCAAAUUG